AGUUGAGUCAGUUGUGGGGGUACUUUCUACGUAAAAAAGCCGUUUCUCCCUUGCAAUCCAGCUUCUUCCUCUCCAUGGAGCGUCGUUUAAAGAUUUGAAACUCAAAUUUUCUAAGUUUCAAUUCAUUACUUCAUCACAUUGUGUCAUAACAAAUGUUCAAGUAAUUCAAUUCAUUACAAACAAAUUUCUUUUCUUCAUCACGAAUCCAGAUCUCACUCUUUCGUAAAUUAUGGAAAGCUUGAUGAACAAGAUUCGAAAAUUGGACGCCUAUCCCAAAAUCAGCGAAGAUUUUUACAACCGUACACUCUCCGGUGGAUUCAUCACUAUCGCUUCCUCCAUUAUAAUGUUUCUCCUCUUCUUCUCCGAGCUUCGUUUGUAUGUCCAUACUGCAACAGAAACAAAGCUUAUAGUUGAUACUUCAAGAGGAGAACACUUACGCAUCAAUUUUGAUGUAACAUUUCCUGCACUUCCAUGUUCUGUUCUCAGUCUUCAUGCUAUGGACAUUAGUGGAGAGCAACACCUUGAUGUGAAACAUGAUAUUGUAAAGAAAAGAAUAGAUUACCAGGGCAAUGUAAUAGAUUCAAGACCAGAUGGUAUUGGAUCCACUGAGAUUGAAAGGCCUUUACAGAAGCAUGGUGGCAGACUCAAGCAAAAUGAGACGUAUUGUGGUUCCUGCUAUGGGGCAUCAGGUGAGGAUUGUUGCAACUCUUGUCAAGAUGUGCGUGAAGCUUAUCGUAGGAAAGGUUGGGCUCUGUCUCAUCCAGAUCUUAUUGACCAGUGCAAACGAGAAGGUUUUUUUCAAAGGGUAAAAGAUGAAGAAGGUGAAGGAUGCAACAUAUAUGGGUUCUUGGAAGUUAAUAAGGUGGCUGGAAACUUUCACUUUGCACCCGGAAGAGGCUUUCAACUAUCGUACUUCCAGAUUCAUAAUCCAUUAGCAUCAUUUCAGUGGGAUACUUUUAAUAUAAGCCACAGAAUUAACAGAUUAACUUUUGGAGAUGAUUUUCCAGGUGUUGUAAACCCUCUUGAUGGUGUGCAAUGGAGUCAAGGAACACUCAGUGGAAUGUUCCAAUAUUUUAUCAAGGUUGUGCCUACGGUUUACGAGGCUGUGAAUGGAAAGGCUAUUAAGUCAAAUCAGUUCUCUGUAACUCAACACUUGAGGGGCAUAGAUGGAGAAAGCUUCCAGGCUCUUCAUGGAGUUUUUUUCUUCUAUGACCUGUCUCCCAUAAAGGUGACAUUCACAGAGGAGCAUAUCUCAUUCUUUCACUUUUUAACAAAUGUAUGCGCUAUAGUUGGAGGAGUUUUUACUAUUUCGGGGAUACUAGACUCCAUUAUAUAUCAUGGUCAAAAGGCAAUAAAAAAGAAGAUGGCACUUGGCAAAUUUAUUUGAGCAUCGAUACAGUUGAAGAGUCAAAUCGUGAGAUAAAUAUGCAGAAUGACUCUUCCCUUCCCGUUGUUGGUAAUCAAUUCAUCCCCCCUUCUGACAAUUCUUGUUUCAACUUCAAUUCUUGUCCGUUGGAUGUCGUCGGCAUGAAGCUGAUGCAUGGCUCCGAUUGAAUUACUCAACCUGGGAGCCCCACACGGUUUCCUAAGCUUUGUGUCAGUUUAUUGGAUUACUUCACAUCCUGAAUUUACAGCAAGUGGGCCAAUAGGUAAGUGCAAAUUUUGAAUUCUCUUUUUAUUGUGUAAUUAUGACUCUUAAUUCUUUCACUAAUCAUCUCCUAAUCUUUUAGAAGACUUUUCCCUACACACAUCAUUUUAACGUGUAUUAGAAAAAACGAAGCCUUCAAGAAUUUGAUAUAUAUAUAUAUAUAUAUAUAUAUAUAUAUAUAUAUAUAUAUUAUUAUUAUUAUUAUUAUUU